AAAAAUAAUGAACAAUUUUAUAUAACUGGAAGUCAAGUAAAGUUAUUCAUGAAUUCAAACAAUAAAUCUUUGUAAUUAAACAUAUUUGCAGAUAUCAAUGCAAAUAACAUAGUAUAUUUAUCUUUUUAGACAAUGAACUGAUUGACACUUCGUCUGAAAAUUUGAAUUUUUUCAAAUUUUGAAUCUAGCGAACCACAUUAACAUCGUAACUACAGAGGAGAGCACAUUAAAACUAUCAUAAAGAGGCCACUGUGGCGAUAGUAGUUCAAAUACCAUUAUUUUUAUGUGAUAUCGCAAAACCUGCAGGUGUACCACAAAACAAUUCCCUUGAAAUAACAGCAUGCUACGAUAACUCGUCAUCAUUUGCGAAUAUCGUUAGGAAUAAACCUAGAGUUGUAGAUGUUUUACAUGGUUCCAUUGUACACUUGUGGUGUCACUUUUGGUGUUAUAAAUGCCUCUAAACUCAGAACAGGAACAUUAAAUCAGUGGUUAGAUUACAAACGAACCUACAUCGAUCCGAUAAAUAAAAGAUUUAAAGUUGCUGAAGAUGAACCUUUGAAAUCACUGAGAUUAAAUUUUAACCUGAAUUUUAAAAUUAUAACGGUAUGGGAAAAUUGGGGUGAAUGUACGGAAAUUGACCACCAAAAAGGUAUACGUCGAAAACUCGGUCGAUGUCGUUUACGUGCGAGUGUUAAGGACAACACCCAAGAGAUGGUACCAAAGCGCAGUAAAGCAGUCCGGAACGCCCUUUCGUAUUUGACUGAUGGUUUCGAUAUUCCUUGCCGUUCAUUGCGAUUGAAUAAAACAGUUCCAAAGAUAAGUAAAAUUGUGAGAGACAUCCCAGACUACCAAGCAGAAGAAAUGUGUUUUGUUGCAAAGAAAAUGGCUAAGCAUAAACCUAAUAAAUAUAAACUAAAAAGCAUGAAGCAAGUGCCUGAAAAUAGUCACGUGACACUUUCAUGUACAGAAGUUAUCCCAAAUUCGGAUCUGAAAUGGUUUAAAGAAGAAAAACUACUAAACUCUUUGUUUAGAAAAAGUACGUGUAAAAGUGAAGAAGAACCACAUAUUUCAGUUGAUACCAAUCAUUCUCUUCACAUAUUGCAUAUCAGUAAGAAAGAAGAAGGCAAUUAUUCAUGUCUAUUAAACGGUAAAACGGUGCAAGAGUUUGAAGUAAAAGUUUUAUCAAAAGCUACAUUGUUGAAUCAAGAAUUUAUUCGUUACUCAAUAUAUUUGGGAUUCGUACUUUCAUUGACAAUGACGUGUUACUGUGCAGGAGUAUGCGUUGCUUGGCAUCGAAAAUCUUCUUUUGCAGAUCCCUUAAAUCUUCACAAAAAGGAAAAUUAUGGACAAAGUGCAUCACAGUGUGAACAACGAAAAUUGUUGGAAUGGAAUUAAGAUUUCUGUUUCAUCUGGAUGAUUAUAGAAGUAAAUAAAUAUAAGAUUCUCAUCAUUUCUUUUGACCCUCUCCUAUACCUAACUAAAACUUCGGGGCAGACUCUAGUCCUUCUAAAUAGCAUUCCGCUGAUAUGAGUAUCCGAACUAAAAUUUACUCAAAGUUGCAACGCACAAAAUGGUUUAAUUUUUCUCGUUUGGCAAAACUAAAAGCUAAGUCAUUAGUGACA